AUGGCCUCCGCGAUCCAGAACAUCACAAACAACCUCCCCUCCCUCGGCCGCGCAAGGCUCCUCAUCAACUCGGCAGACGACGUCGUCAUCGUCGCCGCCGCCAAGAAGGGCGGGUUCAAGGACUGCUUGCCUGAAGACUUGCUCUCUGCCGUCUUUACAGAGGUCGUCAAGAGAGGCAACGUCGACCCUGCCAAGAUUGAAGAUGUAGCUGUGGGCAACGUGCUCCCUCCUGGAGGCGGUGCCAAUGUGGCUCGAAUGGCCCAGCUGUAUGCUGGUAUCCCUUACACGACGCCUAUCAACACUGUCAAUAGACAAUGUUCUUCAGGCUUGACAGCUAUUGCCAAUGAGAUCAAGUCCGGCGAGAUUGACAUUGGUAUCGGCGCCGGUGUUGAACACAUGUCUGCCCACUACGGAGCAGGCGUGCUCCCCGAGCGCAUCUCUGAUGACGUCCUCUCCAACCAGCAAGCCGCAGACUGUUUGGUCCCCAUGGGCAUCACCUCUGAAAACGUCGCCAAGGAGUAUGGUAUCUCGCGCGACGUCCAGGAUACCUUUGCUGCCAACAGUUUCGGCAAGGCCGCUGCUGCUCAAAAGGCCGGCAAAUUCAAGGAAGAGAUCAUCCCUGUCAAGGUCAAGUGGACCGACCCCAAGACUGAGGAGGAGAAGGAGAUCAUCGUCGACGCUGAUGAUGGUAUCCGAGCCGGUGUCACCAAAGAGUCCCUUGCAAAGCUCAAGCCAGCUUUCUCCAAGGAUGGCUUCACCCAUGCUGGUAACGCUUCUCAGGUCUCGGAUGGCGCUGCUGCGGUCCUCCUUGCCAGGCGAUCUGUUGCUCAGAAGCUCGGCUUGCCGAUCCUGGGCAAGUAUGUCGUGUCUGCUGUCGUUGGUGUCCCUCCCAAGCUCAUGGGAAUCGGCCCCGCCUUCGCCAUCCCCAAAGCCCUCGAAAAAGCCGGCAUCACCAAAGACGACGUCGACAUCUUUGAGAUCAACGAAGCCUUUGCCUCCCAAGCCGUCAUGUCCAUCCAACACCUCCAUAUCCCAUUCGACAUUGUCAACCCCAACGGCGGAGCUAUUGCGAUGGGUCACCCGCUGGGAUGUACGGGCGCGAGGCAGAUUGCGACGGCGCUUUCAGAGGCAAAGAGGGAAAAGAAGAAGGUGUUUGUGACGAGCAUGUGUAUUGGAAGUGGAAUGGGAAUGGCGGCUGUGUUUGUGAACGAGCAAUAA